GUGAUCCACAUCUGAUAACAGCUGGCGUGGUUUUCAGAAUUAGUACUCCUACGAAAGAAAACGCCUGUGUGUGCACACGUGAAGGUUAUUCCUGAGUGUUUAUGAUAUUAAGAUCAUGGCUCUUUACAAAGUAUUAUCUGUGCUUUCUCGUGCUAAAGAUACUAAGGUUUUAAUUCCUGCAUUGUCAGUAUGGUCCAAGAACCAGAGAGACAGCUCUACAGAUCUCAAAUCAGUUAUGGCAAAAGCUAUUGUGGAACAUCAGAAAAAGGUUAAAGAAUUUCGUGAAGUUUAUGGCAGUAAAGUAAUUGGCGAAAUUACGAUUGAUCAGGUAUAUGGAGGAAUGAGAGGAAUGAAAAGUCUCGUGACAGAAACUUCACAUCUUGAUCCCGAAGAUGGAAUCGAGUUUCGGGACUUUACUAUUCCCCAAAUAAAGAAACUGCUACCCAAAGCGCAAGGAGGUGAACAACCUUUGCCGGAAGGUUUAUUUUGGCUCCUUUUAACGGAAGACAUUCCAAAUUCAGAACAGGUACAAACUAUCUCUAAACAGUGGGCUGAAAUGGCUGAUGUGCCUCCUCAUGUUGUCACAAUGUUAAAUAAUUUUCCAUCUCAUAUGCAUCCAAUGUCACAAUUCAGUUCUGCCAUAACAGCUUGCCAAACUGAAAGCAAAUUUAUUAAAGCUUAUUCCAGUGGUGUAUCAAAAGGAAGUCUUUGGGAGUAUGCAUUUGAUGAUGCAAUGGAGUUGAUAGCAAAGCUGCCAACUAUUGCUGCUAUCAUAUACAAAAAUAUGUAUCGUGAUGGAAGCCCAAUUUGUGCCAUAGACCCUGAAAAAGAUUGGUCCUACAAUUUCACAUCUAUGUUGGGAUAUGAUGAUCCAGAUUUCACUGAACUAAUGAGACUCUAUCUUACAAUUCAUAGUGAUCAUGAAGGGGGAAAUGUUAGUGCACAUACAACACACUUGGUGGCAAGUGCACUAUCUGACCCAUAUUUGUCAUUUGCCGCUGGAAUUAAUGGACUUGCAGGGCCCUUGCAUGGCUUAGCCAAUCAGGAAGUGCUUGUUUGGCUUAAAAAACUUCAAGAAGAGUUGGAAGAUGAUUUUAAUGAAGAAAGGGUUCGUGAAUUCAUAUGGAACACAUUAAAGAAUGGACAGGUUGUUCCCGGUUAUGGACAUGCUGUAUUAAGGAGGACGGAUCCUCGCUAUAUUGUGCAGCGGGAAUUUGCUCUAAGACAUUUACCUCAUGAUCCCAUGUUCAAAUUGGUAUCUCAAUUGUAUAAAAUUGUGCCUCAAAUAUUAUUAGAGCAAGGAAAAGUAAAGAACCCUUGGCCAAAUGUUGAUGCACAUAGUGGAAUCUUAUUACAAUACUAUGGAAUGACAGAAAUGCAGUACUAUACAGUGUUGUUCGGAGUCUCAAGAGCAUUGGGUACAAUGGCAUCUUUAGUUUGGGAUCGAGCUCUUGGACUACCUAUAGAAAGACCAAAAUCUAUGACUACUGAUGGCCUUAUGAAAGUUGUUGGAGCAAUAUGAUUUAUGUUUUUUCUAUCUUUAUAUUAUAUGGUUAUGUUAACUAUAUAAAAAGUAAAAUAUGUUGUUAUACUAUCUUGUAAAUAUGAAUUUAAAUUAAAUAUUUUUUUAGAAAGAAAUUAUGUUCAAUUUCUACCUGCCUCCACAAAAGUGAA